GGGAGGGAGAGAGAGAGAGCAGCAGCAUUAGUGUGACUUCAGGUCUGCACAGUGAGGCAGAGGGAUCACAGAGUUGGACGGAAUUCCAUCACACACAUGCACUUGGAGUUCAUUUCAAAACCUGGAUUUUAAUUUAUUUACUCGCUAAAAUGUUUCAAGGGUGGUCUCUUGCCUUGCAUCUCCUCUUGCUGUGCUGGCUGGCCACUGCCCUGCAGGUUAUAGAAGAGCGUGGCUCAGGAGGUCAUCUGGACCUGACAGAGUUAAUUGGCGUGCCCCUCCCUCCCUCCGUCUCCUUUACUCCUGGCCAUGAGGGAUUUCCAGCCUACAACUUCGGGCCAGAUGCCAACAUUGGUCGGCUCACCAAGACCUUCUUGCCAGGCUCAUUCUACAGAGACUUUGCCAUCAUUGUCACGGUGCGUCCAGCCUCUCAGAGAGGAGGCGUUCUCUUCGCCAUCACGGAUGCCCGUCAGAAGGUGGUGGAGCUGGGUUUGGCCCUCACUCCGGUGCGUAGGGGCCUCCAGAGCAUCUUACUGUACUACACUGAUGAAGAAGAAGCUUCACACAGCCACAAAGCUGCUUCCUUUAGUGUCCCUGAUAUGACCGAGCAGUGGACACGAUUCACGGUGGUGGUGGAGCAAGACGAGGUGCGUCUCUACAUGCAUUGUGGAGAGGCAGACAGGAUGACUUUCCAUCGCAGACCAGAACGACUCAACUUCUCGCUCAAUUCAGGAGUUUUCGUAGCUAAUGCCGGAGGCACAGGGCUCGAAAAGUUUGUGGGAUCCAUUCAGCAGCUGGUGAUAAAAGAUGAUCCUAGAGCAGCUGAGGAGCAGUGUGAAGAUGAUGAUCCUUAUGCCUCAGGAUACACCAGCGGAGAUGAUGCAUUGGAUGAUCGAGAGUCAGAGGAGGAAAUGAGGAAGAACACACACGGGAGCAAACAUGGCGCAGCACCGGAGGAAGACAGUGUUCCAGUCAGAGCUCCACCCACUGAGGCCCCAGAUAUGGAGCUGGAUGAGUACUCCGGUCAGCAGACACCAACAGAGGCCACUGAAGAAAUCCUGCUAGGAGGGCCACACAUGACACAGGAGCCAGGAGAAGGACCCAUAGAUGGUCAUGUAAGACAAGGGAUGAAAGGAGAGCGUGGAGGUCCUGGACCCAGAGGCCCACCUGGCCCACCUGGACGCCCGGGCCCCACCCCUCUACCUGGGCAAGCUCAACCUGGGCCGAGAGGGACACAAGGACCACCAGGAAGCCCCGGAUCCCCAGGACUGCCAGGGAAAGAUGGACAGGCGGGACACAAGGGUGAUAAAGGAGAUGCAGGUCAAAGAGGAACGCAGGGAUUGGCAGGUGCGGACGGAGAAGCUGGGUCUAAAGGAGAGAAGGGAGACCAAGGAGUUGGUGCACCGGGCCCUCCAGGCCUCCCUGGGCCUCCUGGACCCCCCAGAUCACGCAGUGUACCGUAUGGAGCAGAUGCCCUGGGUUCUGGCUUUGAAGACCUGGACAGUGACACUGAUCUCAUAAGGGGUCAUCCUGGGCUACCCGGUCCUCCAGGGCCCCCCGGCCCCCCUGGACCCUUGCCAUCAUCUACAGCUGAGGGCUUCUCUUCAGGGUAUGCUGGUCUACCUGGCAAAGACGGACUGCCCGGGAAACCUGGAUUACCAAUGUAUGAGGAUAUGUUUAGUGGCUCUGGGUCUGAUGUUUCAGGACUGAGCUCAGAGUUUUCCUCUGACCUUGGCUCUGGGUUCAGCUCCGGGUUCAGCUCUGAGCCUGGCUUUGCAUCCGGUUCUGGGCUUGGCUUUGGGUCUGCUUGGGGUUCAGGCGAGGGUCUAGCAGGAAAAGAUGGCAGUUCAGGUCUACCAGGAGCUGUGGGAAAGAAGGGUGAACAAGGAUUGACUGGGUCACCUGGUCCAAAGGGUGAAUGUGGGUCUCUGGGGACACAAGGGUCCUCAGGGGCUCCAGGGCCUAGUGGACAACCGGGGAAGAGGGGCCCUUCCGGUCCCCCAGGACCCCCUGGCCCUCCCGGACCAGCAGGAACUAAAUUCUUUGUUGAGGAUAUGGAGGGAUCUGGGAAAAGUGACAUGCUCAUUGGAACCAGAGUCAGAGGCCCACAGGGUCCCCCUGGUAUACCUGGUCCAACAGGACCUAAGGGUGAGGAUGGAGCCACAGGAGCACCAGGGCUCUCCGUCAAGGGUGAACCAGGGGACAAAGGAGCAGAGGGCCUUCAGGGUCCUGCUGGAUUACCAGGAGCUAGAGGAGCCAAAGGAGAAAAAGGCAAUCAAGGAUCCAAGGGUGAUCGAGGCGUUGAUGGACUCAGUAUUACAGGACCCCCUGGGCCUCCUGGACCUCCUGGACCAACCAUGAAUCUGCCGGAUCUGCUGCUCAAUGUGACAGAUGGGAUCUUCAACUUCACAGAUAUCAGAGGACCACCAGGGCCUGUGGGCCCUGAAGGCUUGCCUGGCAGAGCAGGAUUUCCUGGCCCCAGGGGACCAAAGGGAGACAUAGGCCCUGGAGGUGUCCAGGGGCCAUCAGGGCUCAAGGGAGAGAAAGGGGAGCCAGGGGUGACCAUUGCUGCUGAUGGAUCCCUCUUAUCAGCACCAAGAGGUCCCCAGGGGCUUAAGGGCCUCAAGGGUGACCGUGGUUUCCCUGGACCUGCUGGACUAAUGGGCCCGAUAGGACCCAAUGGACAAAAAGGAGAAUAUGGCUUUCCUGGCCGCCCAGGACGAUCUGGUAUGCCUGGGAGAAAAGGUGACAAAGGAGAUGCUGUGGGUCUAGCGGGACCUCCAGGUCCUCCGGGCCCGCCUGGACUUCCAGGAAGAGUAAUUGGACUGAAAGGAACAGUGUUUCCGGUGCGCCCCAGACCGCACUGCAAAAUGGGACGACAGUCAGGUACAGGGGGAGACUCAGUCGGAGCUAAAGGAAACAAAGGAGAUAUGGGUAUACCUGGAGAGCCAGGCACACCUGUACCCGAGUUUCCUGAUGGAGUUGUGGGUGCUAGAGGUGAUCAGGGAUACCAAGGUCAGAAGGGAGAAAAGGGGGACAGCGGUCUGCCUGGUCCUCCUGGACUGCCUGGCAGGUCAGGACUUGUGGGUCCAAAAGGUGAGUCAAUCGUGGGACCUCAAGGACCUGUUGGACCUGUAGGUCAGCCUGGAGCACCUGGGUUUGGACGACCUGGUCCCAGAGGGCCUCCUGGCGCUGCUGGACCCCCAGGACCUGCCUCUGGAUAUGGAUCAGGUGCCAGUGUCCCAGGCCCCCCCGGUCCUCCCGGCCAGACUGGAUCUCCAGGAAAUGCCAACGCGAUGACUGUCUAUAAGACGAUCCACGCUCUGAGCAGAGAGAGUCAUCGCGCUGCAGAGGGAACAAUGGCCUAUGUGUCUGAGAAAGGAGGAGAGCUGUACAUCAGAGCACGCAACGGCUGGCGCAAGAUCCAGCUCGGAGAGUUGAUCCAAUCUGGACCCUCUUCAUCAGCAACGUCUCAGUCCCUCAGCAGAGCUGCAGAGUUGAGCCGACCACACAGAAUCCACAGCCAGGAGCUUCAAGACAGCAGUAGAGGAUAUCAGCCCAGCUAUAAUGUAUUACCUCAGACCUUCAAUGCUGUUCCGGGGCUGCAUCUGGUGGCCCUGAACGCCCCUCUGAAAGGGGACAUGCGUGGGAUCCGGGGGGCCGACUUUCAGUGCUACCAGCAGGCCCGCUCCAUGGGGCUGACAUCCACUUACAGGGCCUUCCUGUCCUCACACCUGCAGGACCUGGCCACCAUUGUGAGGAAGGCGGACCGCACUAACAUGCCCGUGGUUAACAUCAGGGGUGAAGUGUUGUUCAGUAGUUGGAUGUCCAUCUUCUCUGGUAAUGGAGGCACAUUUAACCCGUCCACACCCAUCUACUCCUUCGACGGACGCAAUGUGAUGACUGACUCAGCAUGGCCAGAAAAGCAGGUUUGGCACGGCUCCAACACUGUGGGCAUUCGCCUCACCAGCAACUACUGCGAGGCGUGGAGGACGGGAGACAUGGCGGUGACAGGUCAGGCUGCGCUGCUGCAUACGGGACGCCUGUUGGGACAGCACACGCGCUCCUGCUCAAACCACUACAUCGUGCUGUGCAUAGAGAACACAUAUGUGGGGAACAUGUAUCAAAAGAGGACCUGAAGGGCACACACUCUCACACAAACACACAUGCAGGCGUGCUGAAAGUGAAGAGUAGAACAUGUGACCAAGUUCACAUGCAUAUGAAUUGGACACAUGCAGGCACAUACACAAUGACAUAGAAAUGACAGAAGGAAGGCACUUUUUGUUAAGGGUGCUGAUCAAAUACACACAUGUUGACAUGCAUCUAAUUAAAACACAUAUUUGAGUUUCACUAUGUAUAGGUUUGUCAAAACCAAUGUUUCACCCAACACGCAUCCGUCCCAAGUUAGAUUUUAAUUAACAAACGUUUUAAAAUGACAGCAUCACACAGGACAUUGAUACUAACAUGUUGUUAAAGUGAGGAAUGACUCGGGACAUCAGGGCACUGACACAAACUGAUCUGAGCUAAACUGAAUAACUGAAUCAUUACUGUGCAGGUUUGAUCUCACUUCACCCACAAAUUAUGCAUCUGUAUAUUAGUUACUUACCCUGUUAACCUAAAGUAUAAAUUCUUACAUGCCUACAUGGUGAACAAAGAAUAAAAAAAGCCUUAACAAAUGGAAGUAAAUGGGCGCGACAUUUAAUUAAAAUAAUUCAAGGAAACAAGGGGUGAGUUAUUGAUAAAUAAAAUGGUCUGUUUGUGGUCGAAGUAUGUCAGAAUUGUAGAUAUCUUUUAAUAUGUUUCCUACAGUUCCCUGCGGCCAUUGGUGUCAUUCAUUUUCUUUGUGUGUGCAUUGCAUUACCUAAAAACAAUAACCUAUUCUGAUAAAAUAUCAAACACAGCUGGUCACUUCAGUUUUUAGCAAAUGUUACGCAAACAAGAGGAACAUUUUUUCCCCAUUUGUUUGGGACUAUUUUCAGUGGUGGAUUAAUACACAUUUGGUUAUCUACUGUCCAAUCUUCUGCAGCAGGACGGUGUAAAUGGAAUUUAGUUAAAAUAAACAACAGUUUGUGUGUCCAUGGUUAUAUAGUCCCACUGCAAGUUCUAAUUAAUAAGAUAAAUUCAUUGUUAGUUUUGGUCUUUUUCGAUUAUUACCAGAUUUACAUUAUAAAUAUGAUGAGCACAAUGUGAACCGUUUGAGAAUCACAUGUAAUGAGAUAUUUCUUUCAUCAGACGUUUUGUGUGUUAACCUCUAUUGUCUGUGUCCAUGUCUUCGUGUCGUAUUUGAAAUGUUAAUUCACUGUAAUGUAAAUGAGUUCCCGCUAGCAAAGUCAACCAAUCACAGCAUCAUUUAUUUUUCAUCCUUUUUAUUUUCAGGCCAAAAAACACUGGCUGGAUUUUACCAAAAACAUUUUACCACUAGGAUCGUCUCUAUUUGUUAAAACUGCGGGUUCAUUAAAUAAGAGAUUAAAAUGGACGCCUGAUCGGCAGGUGACGAAAAAGUGUUUACUAAAUUGAUUUAAAAACAAGUUUUGCCAGGAUGUUGAAUUAAGUUAUGUUUUAUUUUUUUGUUCUUUAAAAACGGCUAUACAAAGUUUUGUCAGGAUUGUGGUUGACAGUGUUGUUGUAAUACUUAAUUUGGCCACUAAAGGCAGACAGAUGUGCACCACUACCCAAUGUUCUAAAGAAGUCUAAAGGUGUCAGAUGAGGAAGAAAACGUAAAUGUGUUUGUCAUAUUUAGAAACAUGGAAUAAUAAUGCACGUCAGCCUCUUGUGGCCAAAUUAAUUAUACACAAUUUGAAAAAAAAAAUCAAAUUUUAGGUCCUGAACACAGGCUACACCUUUUGGCAUCUCAGGGCUUCCGUAGCAUAAGUCGUACAUUAAAGAAAAACAGAAGCUUGCUAAGGCCACAAUGUAGGCGAGUACCCAGAUAAUAUCAAAGACCUAAUUCGUAAUCGCAGUCUGGCGCCCCUUAUUACAAACUUGUUGAUUUACUUUGAAUUGAUCAGUUAGUGCAUUAUUUAUCGUCUCAUAAUGCAAGUAUUAAAGCUUGAUUGUCUUUUACAAAUUAACGUCCAAAGCAGCUAUUUUUUUGUUCCUGUUUUCUGCUUAACUUUUGUCCUGCUGCUUGAAAUAAUUGAUUUAAACUAGUGUCAACACUACCAGAGCUUAGAGUUAUAAUCAGAGUUAGUAUUAGAGUUGAAAUCAUCAAUGUGUGAUUUUAAUAUUAAUUUAUACAGUAGCAGGACACAAUGGGGAAAUCGAGCGAGUUCACUUUCAGAUUUGAUGAAGUUGGAACAUGUGUAUAUACAGUAUAUAUGUUUGUGUUUGUUGUUAUUGUUGUCUUAAUGUUUUUUACUCUGUAGAGGUAGAUUUUGUAUGAUGCACACUAAAUGAAGUCUUUUCCCCACCAAGCUUUAGAUGUAGUUUUCAGAGUUUCGCCUGUAAAGAUGUAGUGUUUGAAAUGUUUAGAUUCUCAAGGUUUCCUGAUUUAUGAUUACAGUGCAAACAAACCUUGAGUUUGUGAGGAAAGCGAACAUGUGUACUGCCUGGUGCUCACUGAAUAAAUGUUUCUUUGUUUUUUUUA